CAUUGACUCCGAUGUUUGAUUUUGUGUAACAUCACGGAGAUCUUCGAAGCUUCAUAGCAAACUCAUCUUCCUUUCGCAAAUCAUCCGAAGUGGGAGUGGGGAAGCUGAUAAGUACCGACUCGACAAAAUAACACUACGUUGGGGAUCUCAGAUUUACAGUAGAUUGAGAAUGAUGGUGCUGAGUGGUGCUGUUGUUUCUUCAGUUCGUAAAUAUCUGGCCGGACGAGAACAUGCCAUCAAGCUUCUAUUCUCUGGCAUUAUUUUCUUUCGGCCUUUUAAUACUGUACCAACGCACUAGACUUUCGUGCUCUCUCACCUCCAGCUUCUGCACCCUCUAGGAUGGGCAUAUUCGAGGAAGCUCGUGAGGAAGAGGCCCUUCAAGCACAUAUACGCCGACUGCUUUACGACUAUGCCAAAGAACAUCUCACUACUAGCUAUGUAGAGUUCACUGAACGAGCAGUCGCUGAACUGCUUUCUCAGUCAUUACACGAGAUUCCAAUGGCAGAUAGCACCUCUAUCCGACUGCCUGAAGAGCCUUUCAAUGUCUUGACGCGACUGUAUGCGCUGAACGAUCUCAAACCGUACAACGAGCAGGGGACAAGAUCGACGGACGUGAUGAAAUAUCUGAAGACGUUCCUCUCAACGUUGAAACAAGGAACCAAACUUCGAUCUGAGCGUGCAGUAGAGAUAGACGAUUGCUAUAUACCGGAGGAACGAUUUGUACCCAUGCUUUCUCGACGCGCCAGACGUGAAACACUCCGUCCAGGAUCGAAUGAUUUCCGCAAGUCGUUGAAAACCCCGUAUGGCGCCUUCAUGAAGUCAUCUGAAGUUGGAAUCAAACCCGUCGAAGUGCAAGUUUUGAAGGAGCCUGCGGUCAAACUAGAGAAAGUUCUAAACGUUACCUGGUCCCUCCCGCAUGACACUGGUAUCGAAGUGAGAGAUUUUUUGAAAUCCAUGGCCACACUUGCGUAUCCCGGACCGUCAUAUAAGAAUCAAUACCUUGAUCCCAGUUCCAGACCAGAUUCUCCUCCUUUACAACUUGGACCUGGUUCUUCAAUGUUCUAUGAAUCAGGAGAUGGAUUUGUACCCUUUGAGCCUAUCUUCUCCAGGGCCCAGAGACCUGGAUUCGGUCGAGCUAAGCCAAAGGAGAGGAAUGAAGGACUCGUAAUGCAGCCUAUUGCGAAGUCGCAUUUGUUCGGAAUUAAGAUAACCAAGGACAAAGGCAAAGAUGUGGAUGCUGGCAUGGACACUAAAGACCUGCUUGCGUUAGGACUACCACCGCCACGGUCAAUAUCCCAGGUGGUUUCGAGAUUAAGCACAGUGACAGUUGACGAAGACGAAGGAUUUGACCUGUUGAAAGAGAAUAUGAAGAUCGUGAAUGGAUGGGAAACGUACCACACCUCUUCCCCUGCUCUAGCGUCACAAGCAUCAGGUGCAUCGUCCCUCUCAUCAGUGACCACGCCUCGCUCAAGUCAAGAGGUCGACGAGCUUAAUUUGAAUUUGGCCAUUUCGUCUCCCAAUACGGACCUAUCGCCGAUCAAAUUGCUGAAAGAAUCACGAAUGGAUCUCCCUCUCAUGCCUCGUUCUAAGAGGAACAUUUUGAGCGCCAGAGGGUCGACAGCGACCAAAACUAAGAAAAUCGGCGCGAAGCAGAGCUACGCCGCCUUUCUCCUCGAGACCUUGAAUAAGCGGAAUAAUCGCCUCUCAAAGAAAGAUGAACCGUUACCACCUAUAUUUCAAGACAAAAUACAAGAAGCACUACCCGUGCCUUUGUCUUCCUUGCGAAACGACCUGCGAUCUUCUCCGAUAUUGGACUUUGAUGAACCGGAUGUGAACCCAUUGAUAGAUAAAACACCAAUGAAGGUUGAAGCUGCAUCAAUAGUAAAGGAAAAUUUCGAUGACGCGGCAUCGAUGGCUGGUCAAGUAGGGUCGACUGUGGCGUUAGAUUCUCUUGCGGCGGGCACGAGAGGAACAGAUAAUACUGCCGAUGUCGAUACAUUUGAAUCGGAACUCCAUGCAAUUUUCAAAGACGUUCAGACGGAAGACCCUUUGGGCCUGAUUAUGAGGGAGAAGCUAGACCCUAUGAAAAAUGGGAAGGAAAUGCUCAUGGAAGUCCCGACCCUCCCUGCACCGAACAAACAUCCGCCCAACGACGAUGUGCUCUUUCCAGCGAGUGGUUUGCGUCAAUAUGUGGUACCAUCUGGUACAGGCGCGAACAGAGGAAGGGAGAAGAACAAGGUGUAUCAGUUUUUGAGGAAAGCCAAAGGUACCGCUUCGGCUACGUUGGAGCUAUCUUGGGUUCCGUUCGCUGUCACAACCUCUUUACCCACUCAAGAGGAAAUACUCACUGUACACGAUUUUUAUGACAAAAACACUAGUAUACUCAACGGAUUCGACCGGCUUGGCAUGACGAAAGAACAAGGUCUAGCGAGAGUGGAGGAAUUGUCAGAACGAGCGGAAGAUGCAUGCAGAGUUGCGGAAAACGACAACGUAAACCACAAUUCAGCUGCGGAAUCUAGAGCCGAACGGAUCUGGACGGAAUGGUCUCAUCAUGGAGAUCAAAUAACAUCGUCUGUGCUUCUCAGCCGGGCAGAUGUCGGAAAGAUUGAUAUCCUACUAUCGAGAGAGGAGCGGAGGAGGUCGAAAGGACCAGGUCGUUCUAAAGUAGUAGAGAGGGUCGCGGAUGAUUGUGAGAACGGGGAAACGGCCCAACUCCUAGAUGAUCCAGAAGAGGAGGAAUGUGGUGUUAAUUCCGCAGAGAGAACAGCAGCGGUAGCUGGUGAUUUCGAAGGGAUGGCCGCGGUUGCCGAAUAUCACUCCCGCACUUCUCUUACUUCCGCCCCUGCUAAUCUGAACACGCAACAUCUGUUCAAUUUCACUUCCGACGCUGCUCCGCCAUCCCAGGUUUACGACGCCGAACUUUAUUCCCGUGCCGAAACGGAUUUCGGUAUCCCUUCCUUCCUCGAAGAAAGCGACAUUGCUAUUCAUACGCAUGAUCGUGCCCUCCACGCGGAUGAUCAACCUCUUGAGUCUUUUGCUGCGGUCCAGGUGCUAGAUGAAUAUCUCCACACAAAUCAGUACGGAUAUGAAUUUGUUGAGGAGUUUGGGUCUGACAGUGACAAGGAGAAUCAAGAUCCGUCCAAUCCUGAGGCGAUUGCCCAGGUCACAGACUUGCAAUGGGAUCACUCCGAUACCCCUUUGUUGCUGCAUGGUCAACGAGAACGUCCCGACUAUCAACAAGACGAGGAUGAUCGAAAUCGUUUUGCAAAACGCCCUCGUCUAUAUUGGGAGGGCGAUGACAGAUACCAAAGUCGAGAAUAUAGAUACGACGACGGCGGUCCGGAGGUAGAGGAUUCCGGUAUCGGAUUAUUGGAUUACCUGUCGUGUUCUCCUGCGCGCGCUAUAAAUAUGCCUCCCAACGCGACUCAGGAUGACCAAGCUUACAUUGUGAAUCGGGUCCUGUUCGAAGAUAACCAUCCUACCGACGAUGUGAAUGAUGAGCGUAUCCAGAACUAUUUUGACCUCGAGGAUGACCCUAUCUCAACACAACUUCAGAACUCCGACUUUGUUCCGCUCGCCUUCGACUCCCAACCAGUUCCCGAUGCACAAUCUCAACAGCCUUGGCCUCCUUCAACGCUCCAGUCACCACCGCGUGGUUCCUUCUCGAAGAAAGCGGCGCCAUUUAUUAUUCCAUUCCAUGACCAUUCAGUCGGAAUCGCAGAAUUUGCGAGACUACGCGCCAGGAAACUUCGCACUCCGCCACCUGCACCCGAACCUCCCAAGCCUACGACCGCAGAGUCGGACUCAUUCGAGGAGGUAAUAGCAUCCAAGAUUGCCCCAGAAGCUAUAUUCGAUAAAAACACCCUUCGGUUACCGGGGGCUGACCGAACCUUGCGUACUACUGCACAUUGGUACAUGGCGUCGAUGAAUUUGAUACAGAAACAAGCCUUGGUGCGAUCAUUGCGUUCUGGCAUCUGUGGUGUUGGGUUGGUAGAACGUGAGAUGUUGACGGGUGUGGAUCUUAUCAUUGAUCCUCACACCGCAGUCAUAUUCACGAACUUACUCGCGCUGCCAUCUGAAGUCGACGUGCUCAUAAAUACUAUCUGUGAGCAGUCUUGGAGAUAUGAUCAUCUGCUUGUUGUCUUUGAAGCCUUUGUCCCGUCGAUGUCAUUCAAGCCUGACUCGGCCGCCAGCGCCAAGGAGAGCCUUAGUGCAUACUCCCCGCCUGUAUUGAAGGCGAUAAGAAAGUUUCGCAGGGAUGUUUCUCUGGCGGAGGCAUGUGGUAAUAAACGUGAAGGGUGCCAAGUGAUGUCUGCAUUUGCAGAGACAGUACAGGACGCUGCAGUGUUUGCCAGAACAUUUGGUGAUAAAGCAGAGAGGAGGGGGGAUAACGCGACCGGGCUCUGGGAUAAUCGCGCGUGGCUUGAUGAUGGAGUUGGGGAGGACGAAGAAAACCUUGCUGCUGCGGAUGGAAUGAACCAUUUCGCGGCGUGUGUUGUUCUCUGUCAAAUCACAUUGGAUGAAUUGCUCGAGAUCAGCCCUGAGGAGAGAAUUGCUCGAUUUUCACUACACCUUGGUUAUGACAGGAUGGUCAAAUUGAAUGAAGUGAUUGACCGUGGGCGGCAGGUCAUAGACGACGGAGUCUCAGUCAUAGAGGAAUAAAUGAUUGCUCGAUUCUCCUUGCAUGGGUUUCUUACCCCGACGCUACAGUACGCAGUACAACCCCCUCAGAUAGAUUGCUCUAAGUUGCUCAGGAAGAUAUAGUUUCAUCUGUAAACUUGCCAAUGUAUUGCUUCUGAAACCUGAAAUCCUGCAACGUCUGAAAC